AUGUCAUCAAAUCUAAAAGAAAGAACAAGAGAGAUCUUGUUUGCGAGCCUACCCUUGACCUUCCGAGACGCCGUGAAGAUCACUCGGCACUUGAAGGUGCGCUAUCUAUGGAUUGACUCAUUGUGUAUCAUCCAAGAUUCGCCUGAAGAUUGGGAGGAAGAGAUCGCCAUCAUGGGCCAAGUCUACGCCCGAUCACUCAUUACGCUUACAGCUUCAAUGUCCAGGAACAGCGAUGGAGGGUGUCGUGUCGGGAAGCGCCCAGCUGCCGAGAACAAUCAGCCUCUGGAUAUUCUCAAAGGCUCGAAAAGAAUUAGGAUUUUUGAGAAUACUCCGCUCGAUUGGAACAACGCGUGGAACAGAGGCCCACUUCGUAAGAGAGCGUGGACAUUACAAGAACGGCAACUCUCCACGCGUAGUCUUCACUUCUCCGAGACUUUACUUCUCUGGGAGUGUAAGACUUCUAAAGCUUCGAGCGAGCUACCGUGGAUGCAGAUGAGAAUUGAGGAUCCACCGUCUCUUCUGAUGCUGAACGAUGCUGCUGAGAACAUAGAGAAUUCCGGUUCACUAUCCAUGAGAGACCACUGGUUUAGUAUUGUGGAAGACUAUUCGCAGCGAAGUCUGACCUACGAAGCGGACAAGUUGCCAGCUCUGUCUGGACUGGCCCAAGCUUUGACACAGUCACAUGGGACCUAUUUUGCUGGUUUGUUUCGGAUGGACCUGCCAUCUGCCCUUCUUUGGAGGAGUAAAAUUGCACAGUCCCCCCACGAGCUUCAACCUCGAAGACCAUGCCAUUAUCGAGCGCCCUCUUGGUCCUGGGCUGCCGUGGAAGGUGCCAUAGUUUAUGACAGCCAGAGACUUGACGAGGCAGUCUCCGAAGAGGGUAGUAUGAGCUUCUACGAAGGGUCGAGGGCAUUGUCAAAUCGUGAAAGUGAGAGAGUAGGCGUUAUCUACCCCGAUGUCCUGUCGGAGUUGCAGGGUGGCCAAAUUAUAUUCUGCAUGGAAGUGCGGAAGGAAAGGUACUGGUCAAAGGUUCUAAUGCCGUCCACGAUAUACGAUCGGAACUCCGAGCCGAAAGACGAGGAAGAUUCGAGGGCAACGGUCAUGGGCUUGGCACUGGUGAAAGACGACGAGCAUACCGGUGGAUAUAAACGAGUGGGACUGGUGCGCUGGAUGAAGAGAUCGUGUUUUUCGGAUGUGGAAGCCUGCGAAAUCACCAUUUACUGA